AUGAAAGAGCUAACAAAGAUAGAAAGGAAACAGUUGAAAAGGAAACGUGAUAAUUACGUGCGGAAGUUAAAGAGAAACAAACAAAUCAACGAUUAUUUACGCAGUAAAUUACGGGAUUGCUAUUCGCAAGGACUUCCAUAUAUUCUGAAUGAGGAGAUACAUUGCGUUGAGAGGUUAUUUUGGGCGGCCAGCUUCAUAUGUUGCCUCGGUCUGGUGGGCUCGCUAAUUACGUCGCAAUAUGCCAGAUAUUUUAGAGAUCCUGUUGUGAUGAGUGUGGAAAUGGACUAUUUCAACUGGAACAUCCCUUACCCGGCUAUUACGUUGUGCGCAAAGGAUAUGAUCGAUGAGGAAGAUUUGGAGAAUGUAGUAAAUGACACAUUGGAAAAUUCCGGUGUGGAUUUAACGAGUGCGAUAAAAUCAAUGGCUGCCAUUGGUCUAGACAAAUUGGAAACGAUCGACUUCAAUGACGCAAUGGUUUCACAGCAUCUCGAGCCAAGGGACCUCAGAGCAUUAACAUCGAUAUUGUUCAAGAAAUUUAACAAUGAUUCUUUGACGACGAGCACCAACUGGCCAAUCAGCGUCAACUUUGUCUUGACCGAGCUAGGGAUGUGCCACGUUGUCAAUUCAAAUGUCGCCUUUUAUGAUGACCCGUCAAUAGCGGAAGAAAAAACAAUAUACGAGAAAAAUAACAUUGAUCUGUCCGUAUUUGACAAGGACUUCUUUGUCCAAUUUCUGGAUUAUUCUGAAGAGUACAAGCUAUUCAUCCACCACCCUGACGAUAUAGCCCUGAUCUCCACGCCCCAUCAUGAAGUAUCUAAGAAUUACGUAGCCCUAGCCUUCAAGGUCUGGAGCACACGUGUUUCUGACGCGUUUCGUUCACUGUCUCCGAGAUAUAGAAACUGCAGGCAAGUAUACCUAACACUGAAUGAAGAAUCGUGUUUGCGCCAAUUUCCUUUUUUCAGAUUUCUGAACGAACCAAUAAGUAAGAGGUAUCCUGUUUAUUCUUACAACCACUGCCUUUUGGAAUGUAGAGUACGAAUGAUGCAGAAACUGUGUAGAUGUGUUCCACAUUUUUACAAGUUUCUAGCUCACGAGAACGUAUGCAGUCUAAAACAAUUGAAAUGUAUAAAACAACAUAAAGACGAAUUGGUUAAAUUAUCGACGACAGAGAAUACGCGAAAUAGAUUCACUAACCAGGAUGAUUUGCCGAAAUCUCCGCGAGAUUGCAACUGCCUGAGCAACUGUGAGAACGACGUAUAUCUCAAAGACAUCGAAACUGACUCGCCCCCACAGGAAAAUGAUAGAGUAAGAAUUGGUAUUUCAUCAUUUCCAAAGGUGAGGGUGGUGCGGGAAAUUAUCUUCAGCGCGUACGAUGUUAUUUUGAGAGGUUGUGGCGUAAUGAAUCUCAUCAUGGGCACAUCAGUAAUUUCUCUGGCCGAGUUAUUUUUAAUUAUCAUUAAGAUUACGGCAAUAAAAACGUUUCACUUCAUAGAACCCAAACUUCAAACUUUGCGUUUAUAUAUAGUUUAUCUUAUCAGGAAUCGUAAUGAAAUAAAUUAAACAAGAAAUAAUUAUAUAAAACUUUAUUGAGAUGUAUAACAAUCACUUCAUUCCCGUCAGUGUCUUCAGUUCGCGUCCAAGUAAACUCAUUUGCGACCUGGGAACAAAUAGUAGGUUUAAAAAGUUAUAUAACAUUUUUAAACAUCUAAGUUCCGCUGCUGGGGGCAAUUCUGCCUCGUCAUCUAAUCAGCAAGGAACUUUUAUAGUAAGAAAGAGAAAAAAACAGCGUUAUUCAGAACAAAAAAAUAACUCUUGUAAGAACUCCGUGCUAAUGACGUUUCAAAUACGUAGGUAUUAUUUGUGUGCAAGGAAUAAAACAAAUUUUAAACAUUUCUUGGUAAUUUUAUAUACAUUACAUAAUGUAUAUUACAUAAUGUAUUUCGGGUAGAAAUUACUAUGAAAAUCAUCCAUUCGUCAUCAUCAAC